AUUAUUAAUUUUUUUUCGUUACAUUUUUUCACUCUUUAAAUUAAAAUACGUCGUUUGUAAUAUUGUACGUUACUUUCAUACCUAUUUGUGAUAAAAUUGCGUAUUAAGUACAAAUAAUUCUACUAAAUAGCAAAAAAUUUUAUUUUAUCUGAAUUGAAAAAGAAAACUGCAAAGUAACGAAAAAACUGCGUUCAGGUCGUGUCUUGAUUAUUACUGCAAAGACGUUGCACAGCUUCUGCUAGUACAGUGAACGCAUAAUAAGAUCACUCCAAGGUUGGAGGACUCAUUUCAACGUGAAGAGUCAAUCCAUUUGAACCGCAAUCAUGGGUUCACAAGCCGUAGAACCGGAACUCCAGACGUUCCUUUUGGACGAAAAGUCCAAUAUGAAAGAAGUACCUCAAAACAAACGAAAACCUAGCAAAAAACUAGAGAAGGGCGAAGUCGCACACCUCAAUGGCAUCGACUACUUUGAUCCAUUCCUUGAGAGAAACUUAGAACACCCUACUACUAAUGGCGAGACCUUGACUCAUUUACUCAAAGCGUCUCUGGGAACCGGGAUCCUGGCUAUGCCGCAAGCUUUCCAGUGUUCGGGACUUAUAACUGGCAUAUUCGCUACAGUAUUCGUGUCGUUCGUGUGCACGUUUUGUUCGUAUUCAUUGGUAAAAUGCGCACACACCCUCUACAGGCGGACAAAAGUAUCGUCCAUGGGCUACGCAGACGUGGCUGAAGUGGCGUUCGCCAAUGGACCCGAAUGGUCUCGGAAGUUCUCGUCGUUUACCCGGCAGUCAGUGCUUUGGCUGUUAUUUGUUACAUACUUUGGAACGUGCAGCGUAUACACUGUGAUCAUCGCAUCGAACUUUGAACAAUUGUUCCAGCAUCACAUGGGUUUUGCGCUAAACCUCCGGUAUUUUAUUGCAAUGCUGCUCAUACCGCUCAUACUGCUCAGCUACGUGCCAAAUCUUAAAUAUUUGGCUCCUGUGUCCAUGGUCGCCAACCUGUUGAUGUCCGUUGGUUUGGGCAUCACGUUCUACUAUACGUUAUACGACUUACCCAGUAUUUCGGAAAGGCCGGCCGUAGGGACCUUUGCAACGUUUCCAACAUUCUUCUGCCUCACUGUGUUCGCCAUGGAAGCCAUCGGAGUGGUGAUGCCGUUGGAAAACAACAUGAAAACGCCCAGAAGCUUUUUGGGAGUUUUCGGUGUGCUGAAUGUCGGCAUGGGUGGCGUGACCAUCGUGUAUAUUCUGCUCGGUUUCCUCGGUUAUUUGAAGUACGGCGAAGCGACGGAAUCGAGUAUAACGUUAAAUCUUCCCACUGAAGACAUUGCUGCUCAAGUUGCUAAAGUAUGCAUUAGCUUAGCAGUGUUCUGUACGUAUGGUCUACAGUUUUUCGUUUGCUUGGAAAUCGCGUGGACCAAAAUCCAAGAUAAUUUUGAAAAAGCUACAAUUUACCACAACUACGUUCUAAGAACUGUCAUGGUGACCUUGUCUGUGUUGAUCGCGGUGGCUGUACCGACAAUCGGACCGUUUAUCGGACUCAUCGGAGCUUUUUGUUUCUCGUUGCUUGGCAUCAUCGUGCCUGUGAUCAUAGAGUUCGCCACGUACUGGGACAAAGUGACCGUCUGGAUGACUAUUCGGAACGCAGUGUUGAUCGCCGUCGGCUUCUUGGCUUUGGUCUUUGGCACGUCUAACAGCGUCUUCCAAAUCAUUUCCGCGUACAGUACCGUCCCUCCCGUGCCCACAAACAUGACUCAUUCGGCCGCUCAAUGACCGGAAAUCCGGCCACACCAUCGACCACACAACCACCCAACUCUUCUUCUCCCAAACAAAAUUCGAGACUUUCGGUCAUGUCGAGUACAUCGUUACGAUAAUUAUAUAUACCCACAUAUAUAUAUGUGUAUUUAUUAACGCAUGUAUACGUAUUAAAAAUUUGUAAAUCGAGGUCGGACGACUGACAUCGAUAAGUCACUGCCACACAGUUUGUUGUCGACGUCGUCGUCGUCGUCAUCGUCGUCAUUGUUUUCUCCGUCGGUCGUCCAUCGACCACUGCGCGAAAGUGCGUUUAGCUUCGGCCGGUAUAUAAUAGCUGGUGACAGACAUAUAAUUACAUAAUAAUAUUAUUUUUAAGGCGCACUCGCACAUCGAAAAAAAAUGUUAAAGUAUUAUAUUUAUAUUACUAUUUUAAUUUUAAUUUAUUUUUAAAUGUCAAAUUUAGGAUUAAUAAUUUUUAUUACUAUUGUACGAUCGGGGUUUUUUUUAUUCGAUCCAGACAGGCUUUACAAUAUUAUAUGAUAUUAUAAUUGAAUAAAUGUUUUUCAUUUUCUUUUUUUAUAUA